UGUAUGUCAAGUUAGGAACCAUUUGUAAAGUUAGCGCUAGCUUGCGGGCUAGUCUCAUUUAGCCAGCUGUGUUGUGUAAGCUAAGUCGGCGUGGCAAGUGUUAUGAAUCAUUUUCAAGGAGCCUCUGGUAAAAAAAACAAUACCAAUUACUCGGUUUUCAUUUCACAUUUUCUUUUUAAUCAGUCACCAUUUAGAGUACCACAUGGAGAUUUAAAGUAUGUUAUUUUUCCAGACGUAGUACACAUAAAACUGCCUGUUCCAGUUAUCGCUAUAUCACAAAAGACCGAAACAGGAGACAAGAACGAAAGCAGUUAAAACACAAGGAAAUUAAACUUAAACAUGAGGUCAAAUUCAUUUACUGAGAACGAGAGAGAAAACUGUACACCAAAACAGAAGUUACUUGCAGAAACGAUUGAUAUAAUUACCUUAAUACCAGGUGGCAGUCACUUAGACAUGAUAGGUAUUCACAGAGACAAGCUCUGCUGAAUGAUGUGUGUGAAACUGUGUCAUCUGAAGUCUUAAUUAACACACAGCUGUUAACGUAAUUGUUUUGUUUUGAUGUGUCUCCGAGGUUGUUGAACGAUCCUGAAGCAUGACGGUUGUUGGCGUUACUGUAAUCCCCACCAUGGUGCAGAAGUAUCAGUCACCUGUGCGGGUGUACAAGCAUCCUUUUGAGCUGGUGAUGGCGGCCUAUGAGCGCCGGUUCCCCACUUGUCACCUUAUCCCCAUGUUUGUGGCGAGUGAUGUGAUGGAUGAGGAGACCAGCGAAGACGGUUCCGCUCACAGGAUUGAGCGCCGUUGUGCCCUGGAUGUUGAUGCCCCACGACUGCUCAAAAGGAUUGCUGGCGUGGACUAUGUCUACUUCAUCCAGAAAAACACUCUGAACCGGAAGGAGAGAACACUUCACAUUGAGUCCCAUAAUGAGACCUUCUCCAACAGGGUCAUCAUCCAUGAGACCUGCUGCUAUUCGGUUCACCCGGAGAAUGAGGACUGGACUUGUUUUGAGCAGAGCGCCAGCUUGGAUAUCAAGUCCUUCUUUGGCUUUGAGAGCACUGUGGAAAAGAUUGCUAUGAAGCAGUACGCCAGCAGUAUCAAAAAGGGAAAAGAAAUCAUAGAGUUCUACCUGAAGGAGCUAGAAGACGAAGGGAUCACCCAUGUACCACGCUGGACUCCCUCCUCCCUUCCUGUGCCUCUCCCCAGGCCAACCAGCCUCUCCACCAGCCCACCAGUCUCCCCCAGUCUGGCAAUCACACCAGCUGCUUCUGUUCCGCAGCCCACUGACGCCAAGGACAGCACCUCUCAGGACACCAAGCAGGACGGCAGUGCGCUUCAGACAGACAGCCUGACAGAGAUUCUGGCUGGUACACCUGAAGAUAAGUUGGAUGCAGACUAUAUCAAACGUUACCUAGGCGACCUGACCCCCCUGCAGGAGAGCUGUUUAAUCAGACUUCGCAAAUGGCUGCAGGAGACACACAAGGGAAAGAUCCCUAAGGACGAGCACAUACUGCGUUUCUUGCGUGCCAGGGACUUCAACAUGGACAAGGCGCGGGAGAUCCUCUGCCAGUCACUAACUUGGAGAAAGCAGCAUCAGGUGGACUACCUGCUGGAAACCUGGAGCUCACCUCAGGUCCUCCAGGACUAUUACACUGGGGGAUGGCACCACCAUGACAGAGAUGGCCGUCCUUUGUACAUUCUGAGGUUGGGCCAGAUGGACACCAAAGGACUGGUCCGUGCUCUGGGAGAGGAGUCUCUGCUCAGACAUGUGCUAUCUAUUAAUGAGGAGGGUCUGAGACGCUGUGAGGAGAACACCAAGGUGUUUGGCCGACCCAUCAGCUGUUGGACAUGUCUGGUAGAUCUGGAGGGACUAAACAUGCGUCACCUGUGGCGACCGGGAGUCAAAGCGCUACUGAGGAUCAUCGAGGUCGUGGAGGCCAACUACCCAGAGACUCUGGGACGGCUGCUUAUCUUGAGAGCUCCCAGAGUUUUCCCUGUCCUCUGGACACUGGUGAGUCCAUUCAUUGAUGAGAACACCCGCAAGAAGUUCCUCAUCUAUGCAGGCAAUGACUACCAGGGUCCUGGAGGGCUGGUGGACUACAUAGACAAGGAGAUAAUCCCGGACUUCCUGGGAGGAGAGUGUAUGUGCGAGGUACCAGAAGGCGGACUGGUUCCCAAGUCAAUGUACCGCACAGCUGAGGAGCUCGAAAAUGAAGAUGUCCGCUUGUGGACCGAAACAAUCUACCAAAGCGCCAGCGUCUUCAAGGGAGCUCCACAUGAGGUUGUGAUCGAGAUCAUUGACGCCUCCUCAGUCAUCACCUGGGACUUUGACAUAUGCAAAGGUGACGUGGUUUUCAACAUCUACCACUCAAAGCGGGCCCCCCAACCUCCACGUAAAGAUCCCCUGGGAGCCCAUGGUAUCACAUCUCCAGGAGGCAACAAUGUUCAGCUAAUUGACAAGACCUGGACUCUGGGGCAAGAUUACAGCAUGGUGGAGUCCCCGCUCACCUGCAAGGAGGGCGAGAGCGUGCAGGGCUCGCACAUUACGCGGUGGCCAGGCUUUUACAUCCUCCAGUGGAAGUUCCACAACAUGCCAGCCUGCUCGGCCACUAACCUUCCCCGAGUGGACGACGUGCUGGCCACCCUGCAGGUCUCCUCGCACAAGUGCAAAGUCAUGUACUACACUGAGGUGUUGGGCUCUGAGGAUUUCAGGGGAUCGAUGACCAGCCUGGAGUCGAGCCACAGCGGCUUCUCUCAGCUCAGCGCAGCCACCACAUCCUCCAGCCAAUCGCAGUCCAGCUCGAUGAUCUCCAGGUAGAAAUUGGAAGCUGAGGACUUCAGCCCCCCACAAACUCCCCCUCCCCUCCCCACUGCCCUUACGGUCAACACCGAAGCCAACUCUCCUCCUGCCCUUUCGUCAUCUUUGGACUCUGUUCCUAUUGCACAGCCAGUCUCUGUGGAACUGAAGCAUGCACAAACAGGAGACAAAGAAAUUUAAAAUAAUCUGAGGCAAAAAGAAAAAAACAGACUGUGUGUACAAAUUAAAGGGCUGAUUUUUGCACAAAGGUCAUAUAUUUUUUGUGCCUGGCAUCUCUGCUGGGCAGCAGUUUGAAUCAGAACAUUAGCAGAUUGUUUGUUUGUGUCGUGUCUCGUGCAGGGUGGCAAAGUUAAAGGUCGGGAGAUGAAUUGCAGUGCCUUUGUGGCACUGGAAGCUGAAAGAAGCAAUAUUCUUCUCGUCCUGGAAGCAACGGGACUGAAUGAAGACACUGGAGGCGCUGUUACAUAUAUGCAUUUACAUCCACACCAACGUACGCAGUACUGAGACGACGCAUACCUCAUUCUUGUGCGCUCGCUAAAAUACUGGAUGUGCUGUUACAUGCAGAUGCCACCACACACAUAAACACAUGCAUGUUUGAUGACAUGCAAAAAUUCAGUGCUUGCCAUAUUACCAGAGGGUUUUGUUCAAUCUGGUGAAUUGUUUAUAAGUCAAGUGUGUGUGGGUGGUGUGAACUCUUAAAUAGACCUGGGUCAAAUAUCACCUGCAAAUAAUUAGUUUUGCAAACUGCACUGAGCUACUGAUUGGGUGGAGCUUACUCAAUCAUGACAAUGAGGGUGACGUAAGCAAAGUUGUCAGUUGAUGGGGAAAAUGACUCUUGGAUAUUUUCCCGUAGCUGUGUGAGCUUUCUGUCACUCAUUUUGUCAUCUUAUAUGGCAAAUCCCACCCAUCUGUGUCCGGAGGAGUCUGUUACACCUUGAAAAGCAUCUGAAUAUUUGACCUAGGUCUGACUCUUGGCGAAGUAAUCCGCUAGAAGCAAUAACACGAGUUUGACUUUCUACUGUGCAAAAUAUUUCUAUUUAUCACUGAAAUGUACGCAGAGGGUCAUGGGUGCUGAUUGCAGAUGACCUUUUUUGUCAUACGUUGUGUACAAACAGCAGACAGACAAAAACUGAGCCAGUAAAAACUGCUAAAUUCUGUGGCACCGACAUCAUCACUUUGUGUCUCAGUUAUAAUCCUGUUAGCAAAAAAAAAACGAGUAAGUUGUCAGAUUUUCUCCUGGGCGCAUUUAUUUACUUGCAGUGAGGACCGUAAGUUUGCUUUUUAUCCAGCAUCUGUGAGAUUGAAGAACUCAAGUCAUUAAGGAGAGGCCUUGUUACUGAUUUGUGAAUGUGCUACUGAUUGGCUAGUGCUUGCCAACCAAUGAAAUGCCUGAAUUUGGAUUUGGUUGUGAUGUAACUGGGUAGAACCACCAACAUUCUCUACUUGUUUUUCAGAGUAAUGUAGAUUUCAGUGUGCAUUAGGGGUGAAUGUUACUUUGUGUGUGAUUAUCAUUUUGGUGGCACAGCAGUAGACUUAUUGAUACUGUACAUGAACUAGUGUUGGUUGGGGUUUACUUUUUCUUUUUUUUUUUGGAGAUGAGUACUUGAUGGGGUGAAGCAGUGUGGUGUUACUGCAUGUUCAUGUGAUGACUGGGUUUACAGAUCUAUUAUAUAACAAUUAAGAUAUAGCCAUUUUAAGAGUCAUGUGUCAAUAAAUACCAUUUUAGCCUUUGUAAGCAUCAAUUAGAAACAAACCUGCUGUUUUCAAGGGCACCAGUGUAGUAGAUGAGUGACUGUGAGUUGAAUGAACAUUUCUAAAUGCAACACAUCCAUGCAACAGUUUUUGUAAUACAGUUUAUUUAGUUAAUAAGAAUUGAUGACUUUACUUAGAGGGCAGAAAUGGUCGCCAUUGCCAGGAGUCAUUGUGUGCUGUUGCCAUGGUUAUCGAGUGCAGCUGACCGCACAAAAGAAAAAUCGCAUAAGACAGAGACUUUCACCUUGGAAUGAAGAGUCCUGAAAAUACUGGCACUGUAUCUUGUUUUUGAUACAUGAGACUUUUUGUUUUUAAAUAUACAUGAAAGGUCAAGGGUUAACUUGUGCUAACGAUAUGUCAUUGGCUGCAAUAACAUGAAAUGCUUUACUGAGAAAAAGGACCUACAAAUAUUGUGGGCUAUUAAGUGUGUAUGAUGGUGUAAAAGAGUGAAUAUUAGAAGUGGGUGGGGAUGAAAGAUAUGCCUGUAAAAUGUGUGCAAACACUCCCUCUGCCCCUGACGGCAGCUUGGUUUCUCUGCUCAGCCUUUUCUCACUGUCUGAAGCAUGUCUAGGACCAUGCCUUCCUUCACCUGGUUACCCCAACAUUUCCUCAGUGGUUUCUGAUGAUCAAACAGAUAACAUCAGUUCCACACCUAACUACUCUUUUUACUUUUUUCUUUCUCAAUCUACUCUUUGUCACUUGUACACUCCAGUUUUGCUUUCAGUAACUUUUCAUUGUGUGUAUAUUAGAAAUCGAUGUGGACCUUCAUUGAAGCCAUAGGCAGAAAGAAGUGUACUCUGAGGUUUUGUUUUAUUUCUGCUUAAAUUCAGUGUUACAAACAUCAGAAAACUUCCAUGGUCUGCUGUUUCCUGCCUCUGUGACAUUAGCUCUUACAGCGUGUGCAGUUUUCAUCAAGAUCUCAUGACAAAUGAGGGCUAUAACUGUUUGUCUUGUCCGUUCAACACAUUUCUAUCUCUCUCUGCUUUCUUUUGACAUUGUUGCAUAUCUUCUCUUUACCUUGAUGUGAGGAAUUAUGUAAUAAGUACAUGUUUGAAUUAAUGAGAAUAUGGCGCCUUUACAUUUUUGGAAAACAUUAAACUUGAAUUAUGAGAAAA